AUGGCCCGCGAGCCGGACGAAGAGGAGACGGCGGGGGCGGCCUCCCUGGCCCGCCGCUGUCCAGGCUCGCCUGGCCGGGCCGGGGCGCUGCGACUACCUCUCUGGCUGCUCUGCCUGGUCGCGUGCUGGCUCCUGGGCGCCGUGGCUAACGCCGACUUUUCCAUCCUGGACGAGGCGCAAGUGCUGGCGAGCCAGAUGCGGAGGCUGGCGGCCGAGGAGCUGGGGGUCGUCACCAUGCAGCGGAUAUUCAAUUCCUUUGUUUACACUGAGAAAAUCUCAAAUGGAGAAAGUGAAGUACAGCAGCUAGCCAAAAAAAUCCGAGAGAAGUUCAACCGUUACUUGGAUGUGGUCAAUCGGAACAAGCAAGUUGUGGAAGCUUCCUAUACUGCUCACCUAACCUCUCCCCUAACUGCAAUUCAAGACUGCUGUACUAUUCCACCUUCCAUGAUGGAAUUUGACGGGAACUUUAAUACUAAUGUAUCUAGAACGAUUAGUUGUGAUCGACUUUCUACUACUGUUAAUAGCCGGGCCUUCAAUCCAGGAAGAGACUUAAAUUCAGUUCUUGCAGACAACCUGAAAUCCAACCCUGGAAUUAAGUGGCAGUAUUUCAGUUCGGAAGAAGGAAUUUUCACUGUUUUCCCAGCACACAAGUUCCGGUGUAAGGGCACCUAUGAGCAUCGCAGUAGGCCCAUCUACGUCUCUACAGUCCGGCCGCAAUCAAAGCACAUAGUAGUGAUCCUGGACCAUGGGGCUUCAGUCACCGAUACCCAGCUUCAGAUCGCCAAGGAUGCUGCUCAGGUCAUCCUCAGCGCCAUUGACGAGCAUGAUAAGAUUUCUGUGUUGACUGUGGCAGACACCGUCAGGACUUGCUCACUAGACCAAUGCUAUAAGACCUUCCUGUCUCCAGCCACCAGUGAGACGAAAAGGAAAAUGUCCACCUUUGUUAGCAGCGUCAAGCCUUUGGAUAGUCCUACUCAGCACGCAGUGGGAUUUCAAAAGGCAUUUCAGCUGAUUCGAAGCACAAACAAUAACACAAAAUUCCAAGCAAGUACAGACAUGGUCAUCAUUUACCUGUCAGCUGGCAUUACAUCAAAGGACUCUUCAGAAGAAGAUAAAAAGGCAACUCUCCGUGUCAUCAAUGAAGAAAAUAGCUUUCUAAACAACUCUGUAAUGAUUCUCACCUAUGCCCUCAUGAACGAUGGGGUGACUGGUUUGAAAGAGCUGGCAUUUCUGAGAGAUCUGGCUGAGCAGAAUUCUGGGAAGUAUGGUGUGCCAGACCGUACAGCCUUGCCCGUGAUUAAAGGCAGCAUGAUGGUGCUGAACCAGUUAAGUAACCUGGAGACCACAGUCGGCAGGUUCUACACAAACCUCCCUAACCGGAUGAUUGACGAAGCUGUUUUUAGCCUUCCUUUCUCUGAUGAGAUGGGAGAUGGUUUGAUAAUGACUGUGAGUAAACCCUGUUAUUUUGGAAACCUGCUUCUGGGAAUUGUAGGUGUGGACGUGAAUCUGGCUUACAUUCUUGAAGAUGUGACGUAUUACCAAGACUCUUUGGCUUCUUAUACUUUUCUCAUUGAUGACAAAGGGUAUACGCUUAUGCAUCCAUCUCUUACCAGGCCAUAUCUACUGUCAGAGCCCCCACUUCAUACUGACAUCAUACACUAUGAAAAUAUCCCAAAAUUUGAGUUGGUUCGGCAAAAUAUCCUAAGCCUCCCUCUGGGCAGCCAGAUUAUCGCAGUCCCUGUGAACUCAUCCCUGUCUUGGCACAUAAACAAGCUGAGAGAAACUGGAAAGGAGGCCUACAAUGUUAGCUACGCCUGGAAGAUGGUACAAGACACUUCCUUUAUUCUGUGUAUUGUGGUGAUACAACCAGAAAUACCUGUUAAACAACUGAAGAACCUCAACACCGUUCCCAGCAGCAAGCUGCUGUACCACCGGCUGGAUCUUCUGGGCCAGCCUAGUGCCUGCCUUCACUUCAAACAGCUGGCGACUCUAGAAAGUCCCACCGUCAUGCUGUCUGCUGGCAGCUUUUCCUCCCCCUACGAGCAUCUCAGCCAGCCUGAGACGAAGCGCAUGGUAGAGCACUACACAGCCUACCUCAGCGACAACACCCGCCUCAUUGCUAACCCAGGGCUCAAAUUCUCUGUCAGAAAUGAAGUAAUGGCUACCAGCCACGUCACAGAUGAAUGGAUGACACAAAUGGAAAUGAGUAGCCUGAACACUUAUAUUGUCCGCCGUUACAUAGCAACGCCCAAUGGCGUCCUCAGAAUUUAUCCUGGGUCUCUCAUGGACAAAGCAUUUGAUCCCACUAGGAGACAGUGGUAUCUCCAUGCAGUAGCUAAUCCAGGGUUAAUUUCUUUGACUGGUCCUUACUUAGAUGUUGGAGGUGCUGGCUAUGUUGUGACAAUCAGUCAUACCAUUCAUUCAUCCAGUACACAGCUAUCUUCUGGGCACACCGUGGCUGUGAUGGGCAUUGACUUCACGCUUAGAUACUUCUACAAGGUCCUGAUGGACCUAUUACCAGUUUGUAACCAAGAUGGUGGCAACAAAAUAAGGUGCUUCAUAAUGGAGGACAGGGGUUAUCUGGUGGCACAUCCAACUCUCAUUGACCCCAAAGGACAUGCACCUGUGGAGCAGCAGCACAUUACCCACAAGGAGCCCCUGGUAGCAAAUGAUAUCCUCAACCACCCCAACUUUGUAAAGAAAAACCUGUGCAACAGCUUCAGUGACAGAACAGUCCAGAGGUUUUAUAAAUUCAACACUAGCCUUGUGGGGGAUCUGACGAACCUUGUGCAUGGCAGCCACUGUUCUAAAUACAGAUUGGCGAGAAUCCCAGGUACCAACGCAUUUGUCGGCAUUGUCAAUGAAACGUGCGACUCUCUUGCCUUCUGUGCCUGUAGUAUGGUGGACCGACUCUGUCUCAACUGUCACCGAAUGGAACAAAACGAAUGCGAAUGUCCUUGUGAGUGCCCUCUAGAGGUCAAUGAGUGCACUGGCAACCUCACCAACGCAGAGAACCGAAACCCAAGUUGUGAGGUGCACCAGGAGCCAGUGACGUACACAGCUAUUGACCCUGGCCUGCAGGACGCUCUUCACCAGUGUGUCAACAGCAGGUGCAGUCAGAGGAUAGAAAGUGGGGACUGUUUUGGUGUGCUGGAUUGUGAAUGGUGCAUGGUAGAUAGUGAUGGAAAGACUCAUCUGGACAAAUCCUACUGUGCACCCCAGAAGGACUGCUUCGGGGGGAUCGUGGGAGCCAAAAGUCCCUACGUUGAUGACAUGGGGGCAAUAGGUGAUGAGGUGAUCACAUUAAACAUGAUCAAAAGUGCCCCCGUGGGUCCUGUGGCUGGAGGCAUCAUGGGCUGCAUCAUGGUCCUGGUCCUCGCUGUGUAUGCCUACCGCCAUCAGAUUCACCGGCGGAGUCACCAGCAUAUGUCUCCUCUUGCUGCCCAAGAAAUGUCAGUGCGUAUGUCCAACCUGGAGAAUGACAGAGAUGAAAGAGACGACGACAGCCACGAAGACAGAGGCAUCAUCAGCAACACAAGGUUUAUAGCCGCAGUCAUCGAACGACAUGCACACAGUCCAGAAAGGAGGCGUCGCUACUGGGGUCGCUCAGGAACAGAAAGUGAUCAUGGUUACAGCACCAUGAGCCCACAGGAAGACAGUGAAAAUCCUCCAUGCAACAAUGACCCCUUGUCCGCUGGGGUUGAUGUGGGAAACCACGAUGAGGACUUAGACCUGGAUACUCCACCUCAGACUGCUGCCCUACUAAGUCACAAGUUCCACCACUACCGGUCACACCACCCUACCCUUCAUCACAGCCACCACUUACAGGCUGCCGUGACAGUACACACCGUCGACGCAGAAUGCUAA